UGAACUUUUUACGUUAUGUUUGCUUAAUAAUUAAGCUACUUCAUUGGUGCUGAUCUACUACAGAUCGAAUUUAGCAGCCUUUGUCAAAAUAUUCAGCGUAAUAACUAAGCCACUCCUUACUAACACACCCACUUGAAAAACGAAACUAACCCCUCAAUUGUUAUAAAGGAUGUGUCUCAAAGUAUAUUUUGGCACAUGAGUUUAUCCUACGAAGUUUAUCAUCUAUUUCUUUGAAUUGAAAGAACUCUUGCUUCUUUCAUUCUUCUUUAUCCCUUCCAUGUCUUGCAUAAGCCUAAGGCUUCCACCUGCUAGAAAGGUAUGGAAGAGCUUCACUUCUAAACUUGGUAGUAAACUUCAUAACAUUCGUAAAUCCAAAGCCAUGAAAAAACAAAGAAAACAUCUGAACACUAAAGCUAUAAAACCAUCAACCAGUAUCACUACUAAGGCACCUAAAUUCCUUGCUAGUAAGCGUUUUCGGCGCAAAAAGUUGGCCACUGUUAGAAGUGUAUUCUGCAGCUUCAACAAAAAGCCAGCACCUGUUUAUAUUGAUAAGCUCUUCAGAGAGCCUCCAUGUGACUUAGUGGGUUAUUUGAAGCCACGGACACCAAUUCAAAGACCACAAAUCGAAAUAACUGCGAAGAUUGGUGAUUAUCAACUAGAGAAAAAAGACGUGCCAGAAGGAGCAAGCAAUCGAUCAUGUGACAGAACUAAUACAUCAGAUGAUAUGUGGGAGUCGGUAGCAUUAGCUUCACCUCAAAUGCAAGGAAUUGAUGAACGAGCAGAGGAGUUCAUUAACAGGUUCAGAAAACAGAUGGCGGCACAGGAAAGAUUAGCAAGAAAUUUGUAGAACAUGUUCUUGUUUUUGUGUAAUAAGGUUGAUUGUUUGGUGCGUAGGAAGAAAAAGCAAGAAACAAAAUCCUUCUUGCUGGUUUAAUUAUAAAGAAAACUGGUCUUGUAUUAAUUAUAAAUCUUGUAGAUUAUUAAUGACCAGUUUGAAUUGCUA